UCCUUUUCAAAAGUUCGAUAUUGUUCGGAAAAGUAGUUCCCGCUAAGGUUGUGAACAGGUCUGAUCAGCUGGGCUAGUCUGUGACCGGGGACGUCUUUCUAAUAUUUGACUGGAACGCUACAAGAUCACUCAGGGACAAGAUGUUGGCCACUCUACGCGGCUGGUUGGCUGUGGUGGCAGUCAUGGCGUUCGGCAACACUCUGCAGUGCUUCAGGAACCACGACUUCCUGGCCGAGCGACUCUACACAGGGACACCUGAGCUCGUAAACGGACUGCAGGCGCGACUGUUUGGCAUGUGGACUCUGCUGGCUGCUGUAGUCAGGCUGUACUGUGCUCUAGACAUCACCAACAAAUCGCUUUACUACAUCACCAUGUCGUCCUUUGUUCUUGCCCUCGGCCACUUCCUACUGGAGACAUUCGUGUACCAGACAGCCGCUCUUGACAUCGGCGUCAUCACCCCCAUCAUAGUUUCAGGAGUGUCGCUGGUGCUGAUGGUAGUGGGACUGUGGUACCUGGAGCCGGCCGGCAGCGACCAGCGGUACCAGGACAGAGAUGUCGACACGAAACUCCUCCUGGAACAAGAGAUGCUCAGGGCCAGGAAGAAGCGCACAUGACGCCAUUCUCAUAUAUCUACAUGUCAGGAAACAAUACUAGUUGUAAAAUAGUGAUUUUGACAUCAGCGAAUGACAACUAUCUACAUCUACAUCUACAUAAUACAGGA